GAAAGGGCGCUGCCUAAAGAAAGCAACACAAGCUUUGCUUUUAAAGAUGUUUUCAAUAUUUUUAUAUGCAUUUCUUCUCCUGGCUUGGUGCCCCUCAGCCUGUGGACAUCCUCAAGCAAAAUGUUCGUCUGGCAUGACUGUUUCAAGCGUCCAGAGUGAAGUGAUAGCGAUCACUGGCGAGCUAUCUACCGACAGCUAUCUGCAGCUAUAUUGCGUUUUGAAGCUAGAUAAACCCGGGAGCUUAUUACAAAUGAAAACUAAAAGGAAUGACAACAAAAAAGGUUUCUUGCACAUUUCUUUGUACCAGCAAGGCGAGUCGUCUCUACUUGGUCAUUUGGACGUUUCAGAGCCAACAUCAGUUUGGAACACUGUAAACAUUUGUCCCACCGGUUUAAACAAUAAUCAAACCACGAAUGCAAUGUUGUUAUCAGUGGUGGGAAAAGGCAGAGGGCUUUCCUUUACAGUGCAAAUAGCCGAACAUGUAUCCGAAAUUGCGCUGGAUAAACCACACCCAGUUGAUGUCCAGCGAGACAAGGUGAGCGUGUUCCAAUUCAUUCCAUCUCAAGAUAUUUCUGAUAAACAACUGGACAUAACUGUCACGUCUCAAUCCAAAGUUGCUGCCUAUUUAAAAGUAUCGCAGAACUGCAAAGAAGUCGAUCUCCAGAAAGACCUCGAGAGCAUAGAUUACAAGAAAGAAUGUCUUCGACUUUCCUUCGCAACGAAAGGACGGAUUACUUUAUCCAGAUUUUCCGCUCCCCCUUUGAACGAUUCUGUCUCAAGAUGGUUCAUUGGAAUUGGUCUUAAGAACUUAGGUAACGUCAAGUUUAAUGAAUCAAAACAUGUCACAUUAACGUUGACAAGAUCGUACGAUUAUAAUUAUGUCACACCCAUUUGUGGCCUAAUUUUGUUAUCACUUUUUGGUGGCAUUCUGGUGUCAAUCAUAGCAUUAUGGCUUUUUGAGGAAUCCCUCACAAAGUUUGGCGGUGAGGACAAUAGAUCUAGAGAACUUCGGGAGUUGCCAUCGGGUAAUCAAGACAGUAACCGUAACGAUACAAGUAAUAAACUAAAAUGGUAUCAAAAAUGGAGAAAAUGUAUUUCAGACAUGUUAACAGUGGCAAAAGAUCAUUGGUUUUGUCACGGUCCAAAAACCUUCUCCUAUAUCACAGGUAUUGUGGGAAGCGUUUUAAUGGUCGGAUCAUUCCAGUUUGUCUUUGCAAACUGGCGUAUGAUGAUUCGGGAGGGUGACAGAGAUAAUUGUUACUACAACGACUUUUGCUAUCGAGUUAUCGAUCAUGACAUUCCAUUUAACUUAAUGAUAAGUAACUUAGGUUACAUAAUUCAUGGUUUUAUCUUAACUAUUUGCGUAUUGAGGUUGGAAACAAAGCUGUACCUUCAAAUUCUGGAGAAAUUUAGCGGGACUGCCGAAGAAAUGAAAAAGAGGUACUGCUUUUCCAUCGGGUAUGCGUUUUCCUGGGGACUAAUCUUCGAGGGAUUGUUUUCAACUCUUUACCACUUCUGUCCAAGCAGGUUGACAUUUCAGUUCGAUUCGGCCUUCAUGUUUAUCAUAGCUGGUUUAACUAUACUGUUGCUGUAUAAUUGCUUUGAAAAUGUAAACUACCCAGUUAGCGCCUCGAACUUCUUCCUUUUUUUCAUUGUGCCUCUUUUUAUUUUUAACUACUUUGGUGCGCUCUAUAACUCCCAUUCUGAGCUCAACAAAGUGCAUCAGGGUUUAUUUUUCGGUCUCCUGAUCAUUUGGUGGCUUAUGAUGGUUUAUUGGGCUUUUUAUAAAUUAAAUAUCAAUGACCAGAUUAAAUUUUGCAGUACUGAUUCAUGUGAAAGUAUAUGUAAUACUUUUUUAUUCAUUUUGGGUGGCCUGCUAGUACCCUGUGGGCUUUUUAUGAUUUUCUUGUUACGCGAUCUGGCUCAAGUGUUUCUGUUUGCAUGCAUUGCCUGCAGCGUCGUUGCAAUCCUAGCUAAAGCUAGGCUUUGGGAGAAGCUUCCUGCUUUGGGAGGCCUCUGCAAUGAAUGUUGCUGCGAACACGAGUGUAAUUGCUCCCUCAAGGAAACUUGUCGGAGGCUUUUUAUCUUAUUCACCUUCAUAACCUUAAUAGCAGCUUUUAGCGUUUUCAAAUUCCUACCCACCACAAACAAGACAUCGUUGCCAGAAAACUCUCGUGACAUGAACGAAGAGUGUGCCAUUCUAGGAUUUUUCGACUGGCACGCCCUUUGGCAUCUUUUGUCCUCCUUUGCACUCCUCAUGGGUGCAUUUGUUGUCAUGUUUAUAAGUUCUGAAUCUUAAGCCACGAAACCGGAAUUGGAAGGAAAUUAAUUUUCGUUAGAACCUCAAAAGUAGUCCGGAAUUACUUUGCUUUCUUAACUUCUGUCGGUCUGUAAUUGGCUCAGAAAAUUCACGUCAUCCUCUUCACCCAAUCAGAUGCAAAACGAAACCUAUCCAUAAUUUGGUAGCCCGCGGUUGGUAGUUUGCCUGGUUCAAUUUGAGUUUUUAUUGGCUGUUGAUGAUGUUAACCACUUUUAUGAUUGGCUGUUGUGAUUCCCUGGUUUUGGUGUGAUAUUUUUGACAUUCAAUCGAAAACUGUUCCAACAGAGGAAGUGAUGAAGGGGGGAGGGGCGGGGCUGGGGUUUCUAGAUAAGAAGAGAUUGCCUUUAAAGCUCUCAUCUGCCGGCCUCUCUCAUAUCUUCCCAAGACCAAUACUUUUAUCGGGUGAUUCAUUGAUUGUAAAUUUAGCUAGCAUUAUAACCAGCUGGAGUUUGUUAACUAAUUAAACUGUAUUAGUAUUUUUAUAUUAAAAAAAAUUUUAGCAUAAAGCUGUAAUGGACAUUCGUAGUUGCCAUGAAUUUAGAUCGGAAAUCUUUUUCACUUUUUAGAUUUUUUGUUUUCUUAUUUCAAAAUUGGUAAGCAUAUUUCACAAGUUGGAAUUUGCCGCACGCAUUUUGGAUCAACUGAGUCAAUUCAUUUCAUGCUAUUUUAUUAAAUCAGAGUGCAACAUGAUCUAGAUAGCGAAAAUGGAAAAUUUAAGAAAAUUUAAGAAAAAUUUAAGAAAAGACGCAAUCGAAAACUGCGGUAACUUUCUAUCGCUAACUUCUUGUGAAAUAUUGGCCAGUAGCGGAUCUAGGGGAGGGGCCCAGGGAGUCCGGCCCUCCCCUCCUCAUUUUGAGUAAAAAAAAUUAACGCAGAGGGAAGAAAAGCCGGCAGCUGUACACACACACAGGUAUGAAUACGCCACUGUUGGCCACCAAUAGAAUGUAAAAUAUAAUCGUCCGGAAAGUUCUUAUCUAGGUAAUAGUACUAGGUUACAAGUUUACUGUUGGCCACCUAUAGAAAGUAAAACAUAAUCGUACGGGAAGUUCUUAUCUAGGUAACAGUACUAUAGGAUACAAGUUUACUAUUGGCCUCCUAUAGAAAGUAAAAUAUAAUCGUCCGGGAAGUUCUUAUCUAGGUCAUAGUGUUACGAUACAAGUUUACGGUAGUAUUAUGUCAGUUUGACAAUACUUUAGUAGUUAUUCCCUUUUAAAAGAAGUACAAUAAAGCAU